AUGGCUGCUGUUACUUUGAGUAAUCUCCCCCGGGUGAGAGUCGAUACAACACUUCCCGUAGUAGAUAAACUUACCAAAGCUAUCUAUGAUGAUCAAAAGCGAACUGUACGACUGCUUCAACCUUCGGAUUUCGUCGAAUGCUCUGCUCUCCUGCAAGAUAGGACGACUUCUGUGGGCCACUUCAGCCCAGACAUCUAUCGCGAUGACACCCCAGAGGGACGAAAACACUUCGAGCAAGCAUUAAAUGAUCCGGAUAGUCUGCACUAUGGGCUAUUCGUUAUACAGAGUGGGGACCAAAGUCUUCUUGAAGGGGUGGGCGGAGUGGUUGUGACUACAUCGUCAUGGCCUUCAUACUAUUACACGAUUAGAAAGAUCGAAGACGACGACACUAAAGAGUUUCAUAACAAUUGGGAAAUUUUCUUUCAUGGAGUGUAUAGACAUUGGUGGGAACUUCCUCGUAAAGAGGCCAAGCUUGAAGUUUUCGGUUUCUCUGUUCCGAAAGAUCCUAUCGGCGUACUGAAGCCCCUCGAGUGUCUUUGCACCACGGUCAAACAGGGGGAUUACCAAAACGAGAAACGCAUACAAAGAAGUGACUUUGCAAAAUGCAAGACUUUACCCGACGGCGACGUCUAUUGGAGAUUUACUCGCCCGAUCUCCGUUUCCACAACUGUUCCAGAUUUGCAGAAUCUCCGGAUGUCUUUUCAGCCUUUUACCACUGAGAAGUAUGGGCUAAUUCUCCGGUUGCUUAAUUUGUCGGAUACCGAAGCGCUUCAUCGGCUACGGAGCGAAGAACAACCUAUGAAUGACUUUGGAACUGGGCCAGACGUGAAUAUGGAGGCAACUCAAAGGCACAUGAAUACUGUUCUACAGAACGAAAGCAACAAUAAUAGAUUGGAGCUUGGCAUUUUCUUAGAGAGGAAUGGCGAAGAGGGAGAGCUGAUCGGUUGCAUAGGGACAGACUUGUGGGAGACUGAUUGGCCCUCGAUAUUUUUUGUCUUAAAAGGGGAGCACCAACGCCAUAAGUACGGAAGGGACUUCAUCAAGGCAUAUACAACGUUCUGGUGGAACUUAAAACGCAAGGAGGUAGAGAUCCCAGGGAUCAGGGCCACGACAAUUGACUAUGACGUUGCGCCCAACUUCAAAGCCGCAGUGAAGGCAACAGAACUUCUAUGCGCUGUAGUUGACAAGAAUAAUGUGGCUAGUGAGGGUUUACUGAAGGCUGGUGGAUUUGAGAACAACGGGGAUUUCACUGACACAGAGACAUAUUGGCGAUUGAAAAAACCUGACGCGUAA